GGUAUGGCCCCCACGUUUACAUUCCCUUCGUCUGACCAAAUAGUAACUGAUGGAAACACGGCUUUGUUUAUGUGCCAGACGAGCGGAGCUCCAAAACCUGCCAUCACCUGGAGGAAAGGAUCUCAGGUCUUAGCUAGCGGCUCUGUCCAGGUUCCCAGGUUCACGCUGUUACAGACAGGCGGUUUGCAGAUUCGGCCAAUCAGCUUCCAGGAUUCAGGAGAUUACACGUGCAUAGCCUCCAACGCUGAGGGAAGCAUCAACUCCACCUCUUCGCUCACCGUCUGGAGCCGCACAGUCAUUUCUGUGCCUCCAACCGACCAACGAGUUAUCAAAGGAACCACUGCUCUUCUGGUCUGUACUGCUACACAUGACCCCAGAGUCAAUAUCAGCUUCAGCUGGGAGCGUGGGGGCGUGCUGGUUCGUCCCAGCAGCGGGGGGCGUGUCUCCAUGCGGCAGGGUUCCCUCACUAUUGGCCAGACGUGGUCAGGUGACAUUGGGGACUACACCUGCACUGUGAAAUCACGGGCUGGCAACGAUUCUCAGUCUGCACGCCUCGAAGUCAU